AUGAAAAAGUCAGGAAAUGCCGCUCUCACCUCGUCCAUCAUCCAAUACGUCAUUUUCCUCGUAACUACUGGAGGAGUUCUUUUUGUCAUCGAUCGUAUGGGCCGCCGAUGGCUGCUCAUUGUUGGAGCGAUAAUCUGCGGCGUUAUCCAUUUCACCGUCGGUGCCGUAAUGGCUGUUUAUGGACAUCAUGUGGAUAGUGUAGAUGGGAAUGAUAUAUUAAAGUGGCAGAUCAGCGGUCCUCCAGCUAAAGCCGUCAUUGCUCUUUGUUAUAUCUUUGUUGGGGUUUGUAAGUUAAACAUUAACCGUCUAUUGGUCAGAAUUACAUGGGCUCCAGGAGCAUGGAUCUACUGCGGAGAAGUCUUUCCAUUGAAGUAUCGCGCAAAGGGGGUUGGCCUAGCUGCCGCAGGUAAUUGGGCAUUCAACCUGGCUUUGGCCUUCUUUGUCCCUCCCGCGUUCACAAAUAUACAGUGGAAAGCGUACAUGAUUUUCGGCACCUUUUGCAUCACUAUGGUGUUCCACGUUUACUUCAUGUAUCCCGAAACGGUGAAGAAGUCGCUCGAAGAGAUCGACGUGCUCUUCGAUGGAAACAUUCCCGCAUGGCGCAGUGCAAGCGCUGUGAGCACGUUUGAACAGAAAGUAGCUCGUGUGAAGGAGACGGGAGGAAUUGAGGAGGCCAAGCAGCAAGCGGAUGUUGAUCAUGAAGAAAAGGUUUAA